GCGCCUACUUUAUUAUUGUUUACAAAGCUCAAUACCCCGACGGUGCGUGUCUGGCUGGCUCGGUGUGGCGCAUCACACUGCUUUGCCCCGUAAUUUCGCAGCUUCUCGGCCAUGGUACUCGCAAACUGCAUCCGCUUUACUGCUGCAGCAGCCGGCAAGCUUGGGCCACGGGAUAUAUUCGGUAACUUUCGUAACCUAGCAACCGCUAGCACCGUCUCGGCAAGCUCAACCACAUCGCCACCGACCCAGGAACAGCCGCGCCGACAGCAUGCUUCGUACGGGAAAAUGUCCGGCUGGCAGAUACACGCGUACGGCGCGCCACAGGAAGAGAUACAGUUCAACGAUGGCAUCAAAAUGCCCAUCCUGCGGUCGCCCACCCAGCUGCUGGUGAAGGUGAAAGCGUCCUCCGUCAACCCGAUCGAUGUGGCCAUGAUCAACGGAUACGGUGCAUCGGUGCUGAAUGCGAUGCGCUGCAAGGACGGUGGAAUCGAGUUUCCGCUCGUGCUCGGUCGAGACUUUAGCGGGGAGAUUGUACAGAAAGGGUUGGGCAUUUCUAGCCGUGAGCUCGAAGUAGGCGAUGAUGUGUGGGGUGUUGUGCCCGUGCACUUGCAAGGUUGCCAUGCCGAUUACGUCGUUGUGGAAAAGUAUUGUCUGUUUAAGAAACCUUCCAACCUAAGCAAAAUCGAUGCGAGCGCUAUACUGUACGCUGGCCUAACGGCCUGGUCGGGUUUGUACAUAACGGGCCAUCUGGGUGAUUUGCUUGGAGCGAUUUCACCCGUCGGCGGUGGUGCAGGCAAGAAGGUGCUCGUGCUUGGUGCAGCCGGCGGUGUCGGAACUCUCGCGGUGCAGAUGCUGUUGGCGGAGGGUGUGGAAGUGUUUGCCACCUGCUCGCCGGACGCGAUGCAAAUGGUUCACAAUCUGGGAGUGAAAUACGUGCUGGACUAUACCGAUCCUGCGCACGUGCAGAACGUGGCCAGUGUUGGAAGGUUCGAUAUCGUGCUGGAUUGCGCCGGAAAAGGCACCGAAUACGCGAACGAGGUACCAUGGUUGUACGAUCAGUACAUCACGUUUAAUUCGCCCGUACUUAAGAACAUCGAUGCGGAUGGCUUCGCGGCAGGAAUGUACCAGAAUGCGGUGAAUCUCGUGCGUAAUAAUGCGGCCUCACUUAGCACCCGGCAGGGUUUGGUGAAGUGGGGUUACUUUGUGCCGGCGCCACAAGGUAUCGCCUACCUGCAGCGUUUGGCCGAGAAGGGUAAACUGUUGCCGGUGGUCGAGAAAGUGUUCCCGUACACUGGUACGCCCGAAGCGUACGAACGUGUCGCGCAAAAGCAUUUACGAGGGAAGGUUGUGAUCGAUUUCGAGUAGACCGAGACGGCGGGCACCACCGCUUAGAACGAUAGACGAACGUAAUCCGAUCGAAAAGGUAGAUAAUGAAAUAUUGUAGCGAAUCGUACACAUCACGUUGCUACGUGUGAUUAUACAAUGCUAGUAAUUAAAGAGAAUUCAAUUAUCUUUCCUCAAUUUUUCCUCCGCGACAUUCACCACGCAACAAACAAACAAAAGUAAACCGUAA